CCGCUGUUGUGGAAGGUAAUAUAUGGGGAGCACUGCUCGCCAGCCCAUACAUGCAGCUGCCGUAGCUGGUCCACUCUUGCUGACUUCUGACAGGACCCCGUGAAAUGUCACCAGGCGAAACCGCAGUUUUGCGAGGCUCUUCCUCCACGGUGCUCGCUUGUCGAAACCGUGCCGUCGAGGCGUCUCGCUCCAGACAGCCAGGAUGGUGUCUCCAGUGGCGGUGAUUGCGGCGGAAUGGACCCUGGUCACACUGGCUUACGUCUUUCUUGGCCUGCGGUUGACCGUGAGGAUCACACAGCGACAGACAAGCCUCAUCUGGUCCGAAGUAUGGCUUGUUCUGGGCGCGCUAUGGCUGUUGGGACUGGUCAUCUGCGACACACUCACGUUUGAGGCCGGCGCGAUGUCAGAUUUCAACACGGUCACCGUUCACAUCCUGCAGGUCCGGUUCGCGACCAACUACCUCUUUGACGCUGGGCUGUACUUUCCGAAGAUGAGCAUGCUCACGAUCUACUUCCACAUCAUGCCGCGACAUGAGAGGCUACUGCGCUGGGCACUGUACUGUGUGGCUGUCUUCACGGUCAGCUCCUUUGCCGUCACCAUCUUCAUGGACACGUUCCUGUGCGGGGCGGAUCCAUCGGUCAACUGGUCAACCGAGCCCGGCGCAUGCUCAUCAUUCUCUUCAGAGCUGUUGUUCCGUCUGAACUGGUCGCUGUGCUUUAGCACAGAGGCAAUGCGUGCGUUCCGCCAAUCAUUCCCCUUGAUCACUCACUUGUCACGAAAGCUCGUCUGCUAACACAUCAUGAACAACAACAGUGUUCCUGCUUCCGAUGCCGCUCCUCCGAACCCUUCGCACAGCCAAACGCAAAGAACUCGCAGGCCUCAUAUUCCUCUUCAGCCUUGGCAUAAUCACACUCGGCGUCAGCUCCGGCCGGUUCGCGACCAUGAUCACGCUCGGGAAUGACAUAAGCCUGUGUACGUCCCA